AUGGAGCAGGAAGUGUCGAGAAUCCGCACAGUUGAACUGAGCGCACUACGCCUGGAGGAGAGCCAGAAAGCCCGGCAGCAUCUGUUAACGUACAAGCAGGAACUUGAUCGCCUUCAUGCAGAUCGGGCGGCACGGCUAAAGCUUCAAGAAGAAGCUGCGGCAGAGCGCCUUCGCAUGAAAGAGAACGAAAUCGAAAAGAAGGGGUUUGCUUUGAGACAGGAAAUCAGUGCUCAGCUCCGGGCGACUCAGCAGCAGCAGCGGGACAACAAACGCCAGUGGGAAAUAGAGCAGCAGGCACUCGCUCUGCGUGCGAAGGCCCUCGAUGCUCGAGAGGCAAGACUCUCGGAAAAAGAGGGGCGCCGGAGUCAAGAAGAGGUGCUCAACCAGAAGCAGUUGCUCCUCAAGAUGGAAGAGCACAGGCGCUCGGUGGAGUCGGAGAUGCAAGAAAGCGUUGCCCAGCUCAAAAGAGAUCGCCUGGCCCUCGAGAAAGACAAGGAACAGAUUGAACUCGCACGGCAGCGGCAAAGCAGCCUGGAAACACAGGCCAAGUUGCAGGCGGCAGCGAACGAACAGAUGCAAACUACCGUCAAACAGCUCGAGGCAGCUGCGGAGUCGAUGCGGCAAGAAAACGAGCGGCUCCAAGCGCAGCUGCGCCUUGCGAAUGAAGUGGCCAAGCGGAUCAAGGACCAACUGGGUACGAGCGAAUCCGAGCUGCACUGUCUCAAGCGCGAGAAAGCCUCGCUUCUGGAGCAGCUUUCAACGAAAAACGAAGCCGAGCAGCGCUACCAGCGUGUGCAUUCGCGCGCCAUGGAGGAGCUCCACGGGUGCCUUCGCGAUACCCGACUUGCGUCACAAGACCUCGAACGGAAAACAGCGCUUCUCCAGGAUGAACUGUCCCGGCUUCGUGCCGAACGGGAUCGCGCGGUUGCACAGGCCAGAGCAGACGCGGAGAGGGAGACCAAGGAACGUACUCAAAAGCUGCAAAAGGAGUUGACGCAGGAGCGACUUCUCCGAGCCGACAAGGAACGCGAAGUGCACAAGACACAGGUCGAGUUGGAGAGACUGAGCAGCCUAAAGCUGCAGUGGCAGCAGAAGGCGCAAAGGCUUGAAGGGUGUUGCGAUGCCUCAGCAACUUGCUCGGAGAGACACAGACGCCUGCUUGCUUCGCUCUCUGCAACGCUUCGUGCGACCGCUGACAUUGAUGACGCUGACGAAGCCGGGAACGCGAUUGCAAGCACGAGACGGAAGACUCUCUUUGAGCGGCAUCAAAGACCGAUGGACCUCUUCACAUCCGCUCGGCUCUUCGGCCACGGGGAAUGUCAGCCAGCUGAGCUUCCGCCUGGACCCUUUCCCGAUGAAAAACACUGGAAAGCCCGACGGCCUCCCAGCAGAGGCGAUGGCCCUCGUACCACUCCGCCCCGUUGCCGGUCUCCUGAGCAGUCCGAAAGGGGAACGGAGACAGGCGUGAGGAGCCCCGCAGCAAUCCGACGCGGAUGCACGCCUACGCAGUCCCGUCGCGACUGCCCCGGCGAGCCCCAGGUCGGAAAUCUGGGAGGCGAUACGCGAGAAAGCUGCUCGGAUCUAAACGGGAAGUUCGCGGAAAGCACGCUGCAGUGUCGCGUAUCCGGGAAGGCUUCGGUGCAGAGAACGCGUCCAGCGGUUGGAAGCGAACCUGGCACGCAGCGCGGGUCUACGGAAGUGCGGAUCGAAGAUCUUGAGCAGCGCGUCAGAAAGUUCCUCGCCUCCCUGCAAAAUUCCGACAAGCAGCCUUUAAGAGGCAGGCGGGCAGAGUCUGGGCGGCGUUCGCCAGACGCGGAUAGCCUCCCUCCACAACCCAUUCAGGCUGCAGGCCAGCCUCCACGGCUCGGCGGAACCGAGCCUUCGCAGUCUCCGCUUGUCUCCGUUCCGCAGUGUACCUGGCCCGUCGAGCCUCCCAGGAGUUCUUGCAGAGGGUCGGCAGUCUCGCACCCGCAGCCUGUUCUCGCCUGCGUCUCCGCGUCGCCGCGUUUGUCGCCGCGAAGGAGCAAAGAGCCGCAGGCUCCCCCCGCGGUCGGAGACUGCAGAGGGCCAAGCGACGGAGACGCGAGGACCGGUUUGCUUUCGGGACGUUCAGACCCUCGAUUCAGCCGGCGACUUGAAGGCGCCCCCAGAAUCGGCAGCGAGAGGGAAGGAUCCGGGAGUAGACGGGGCGAGCUGACUGACAUGAGAUCUCGAAUGAGAUCAAAUUUAAAUGGGACGGCCGCGUGGACAUGCUCGCAUACUGUUCCAAUUGCGAACAGAGCACGGCACAGUCCUCAGCCAACCGCCUUGUCUAAGAUUCUGCCGGGGCCUCCGACGUCUGGGGCUGGCCCACUGGAGACCCCGGAAUGGAAAGCUUCGUUUCCCUUCUCUCAGAAAUCCUCCGGGGAGAUCACCGACAGCGACAUCAGCGUAAUGCUCGCCAACUGUUCUAUCGGGUCUCAGAAGAUCGCCCUCGGUUCGCCUUCUCGAUCGGGCGCUGUUUCUGCGCCGCCUCCUGCUCCGUCUGUGGAUAUGGAAGAGCUUGGGUCUCCUGCGCCAUGGCGCUUAACAGAGCACACCGGUGUCCGUCCCUCCUCUCGAUGGCCACAAAACAGGCCGUGGACUGCCAUGAUCUUGGCACGGCAGCAAGAGGAGGACCAGGAAACGCCACCGAACCGCUGGGUUGUGUCGGGGACUCGGGAGCGACGUGACCAGUCCCGUGGCGAUCUAAACCAGAGCCGCAGGCACGGAGUAGUACCCGUCGCUGUGUCAGGCCUUCGCCGUACCUCACCGGGUGGGUUUGGAGGCGAGCGGGAUGACGCCUCCCAUCGCGUGCACGUGGCGGGCGGAAGCCGCCGGAGAGAAGAGGAAAGAUUCCUCGCUGACGGGUGCCCAGGCAGCGGUUCAGGAACAUCCGUUGUCAGGUCACGGCCGACAAUAGGGCCCUUCUGUAGACGCAGCGGUCUGUUAGCCGCAGUUUCUACAGAGGAGGAUGACGACGAGUUGGAACAAGGAGAAGUCCGUAAUGACGGGGGUGGGGUAGGCUCUGAAGGCCGUUAUCUCCUUAUCGCUGGCCCCGACAGUCUCCACGAAGCUGCAUCCACCCCCAGAGAAAGUCUUGCCCCUCCCGACGCCCUGGAAAGCGGGCAGAGCUCGUGGCCAUCACCGGAGGUUCGCGCGACAUCCAUGGACCGAUCAGCGUUUCUUGAGCGACAGGGGCCGGCAUUGACAGCGGUAGCUUCGCCGGUAGCCCCGGCACCUCAACACCUCGAUGCGAGAGCCGAGCUAGCCACACAGACAUCUCUCCCACAACCUUUCGCCGUCUCUCCGUCCUUCUCCGGAACUCCUCACGACGGUCGUAGCGUCGCAGACGCUCCGGCAGACCUUCGACUGUCCUCGCGUUUCGGACCCGUCUCGGGUACCAGUCAUUUCGCUUCUCUUUCAGAGGAGCCAGAGGAACAGACUGGCGACGUGGUUGGGAAGCCAGUGGGGAGGGAGUCUUCUCAGGGCCCUGCUCUUCAUCUUGCCGUGCUACCGCAGAAUCGUGGUCCGGUCCAUCUGGUUUCCACUGCACAAGAUCCGACCCAAGCUGAAGUGCUUCGUAUGAGGUCGUCCCCAGGACGCUUAGACAUUGGCGAGCCCUCGUUCACGUCUGGAUCUUCUCCUUCCAACGCCCCUGUAGCCUAUGCCGAACUGCCCGUGUCGCCUCUUGCUCCGACUGUGUCGCCCGCCGACCACAGAGCAGGCAGACGCUACCUGGAGACGCUCGCCGUGUCUCCGAGCCUUCAACCACGGCCAGCAUCGGGGCGCAGAGAGGAGGAUGGAAAGCUGUUCCAGCGUUCCGAACCGGCCUCGCCGUAUGCGAGCUCGUUCGCAGGCGCUGCAUCGCCGUGUGCAGAUGGCAACGUUCACGAGGGCAACAGCGAACCUCCUCACGCAGGUUCCGCGGAGCAUCUCGGGUUCGCUUGCCGGAGACCAGCACGCCUCGGCGCUCGUCAGGAGUCCGCUGAGGGUCGAGCCGAGCGCUCCGAGUGCCGUACAUUCGGCCCACAGACACAGGUUCUCGGAACCCGCUCGCCGUUGCACGUGACGCGGAGCCUGUCUCGCGAACCCGAAACGUUUCGAGCAGGGAAAGACACUUUGUCUUCUUUCCUACCCGUCGCGUCUAGCCCAGGAUUCUUCGGUCCCCCCGUCACAUACAUGCCCGAGGCAGACGCCAGAGCUGCGCGCCGGCCAAACGCCUCUCGGUUUGCACUCCGCCGCGGCGCAGGAUCGCUCUUCUCCGCCUCUCCAGAAGUUGACUGCGGGACAGACACACUGUUAGGCGUCCAGCUGCACGCGCUUCCGAGCUCCAGCUUGGGGCUAGACCGUGAGGCGAAGAGUGUCCCCAGGGACUGUCGCGCAUCGUCCCCGUCCCACGGGCUUUCGGGUGCCUCGCACUGUGCCUCACGAUGCCGCCGGCUGUCGCCGUCGGGCGCCGAUCGACAACCAGGGACCAGUCAGGCCUUGUUGCCGGUUCCUACUGAGCCUCUCCCGCUCCACUAUCCCACCGGAACAGCUGCGAGGGCCCUGGCUGCGUACAGUCGGCCAGGAACGACUUGCAGCGUCUGUUCACCUCUGUCGCGAUCGCGUCCAAACUCGCCGCCGAGCCCCUGGACGGCGCACCAACGUCCAGAUCCAAGUGGCGAGUACGGUCGGCGCUCUGAGCACGGGAAGGCAGAGUUCCACAGUUCAGGACCAGGCAGGCCGGGUGCUGCCGGACUCGCGUCUUCACAGGUGGACAGCCCGACUCCAGGAUCGCUAACUGCUUCCGGUUCACGAGGACAGCUCGAGGGCAGUCCAGACCCGACGGGAAGUUAUAUCAUGUCGCAGUCUCCACCAGCUGUCUCGCUCGCGCCUGGAGUGUUGGGUCCAGUUAGCGAGGAGCACUCCAUCAUCCAACCUCUUGUGUUGGAUGACACAGUCGCGGAGCUUAGCAUUCCCCUCGCCAUCAGUUACACGGUAGCAGCCGAGAUGGCUGAUCGGCCGGAUCGAUGA